UACAAAAAAUCCAAAAAUGAACAUUCACGAUUACAAUUCCCGAGUAGAUUACAUAAACAAUGCAAGUCGCCAAUUAGAAAAGAAAUUGUGUGAGGAAAGCAUUAAGCUUCACAAAGGAUUGCAAGACGAUAUUUACGGCAAAAAGGCGUAUAAUAGUUACACUCCGAGAAGUGAAUCGGCAUAUUCACCAAAACACACACCUAAUCGUUACUACGAAAUCCACAGCAAAGAAGAUCCUUACAAGCCUGUCAAUUUUUGGACUCCGGCACUUAAACUUGUCAAUUUUGAAGGGCCAACAACCCGUUCAAUACCUUUAGAUGACGGUAAAAUUGGAGGUUCAAUAACUACGUGGCAGUGGACAAAGGCUAGUGAACGCCAUUUUUAG